UUAGAUUGCUUACUCCAGCUGUUAGCCCGAUAGCAAGGUUUGUGGGGAGAAGACUGACAUCAAUGGAGGAGACAAAACCCAUUUCAGUGGCUGUCCUUGCUGGAGAGAAACGUGCUUGCCCUGAGGAAGAAGUAACACUAACUCAUAAAAGACCAAGAGUUCAGGAAGGAAAAAAUGGGGGCCACCUUUCAAAGCUGGAAGAUGGAGAAGAUAUGGAUGAAGAAGAAGGAGAGGAGGCACUGGAUGGUGAUGAGGUGGAUGGAGGUGGAGAAGGAGAUGGAGAGACAUUUGCAGACAUGAUGAAGCAUGGUCUGACUGAACUGGAUGUGGGCAUUCUGAAAUUCGUCAGUAACCACGUGGGCUUCUCUGGGAUUCUGAAGGAGAGGUACUCUGAUUUUGUUGUUCAUGAGAUUAACAAGGAGGGAAAGAUUGUGGGUCUAGAUGACCUAUCCAUUCCUGUGGAGGUCCAGGAAGUGCCCCCUGCAAGUGAACCAGUGGAGUCUCAGAUAUUGACAGAAGAACAGAAGAAACAACUAGAAGAACUUCAGCUUUUUAACAAUAAAGAAGACAGUGUAGCAAUAGAGGUAGCAGACGACACAAAGGAGAAACGAACCCUUCUUCAUCGAGAGGUGAAAUUGUUGUACCCUGGCCUGGAGACCAAAACCGAAGAAAGAGAUGGCAAAAAGUUCAUUGUGGCUUAUCACGCAGCAGGAAAAAAAGCCCUUGCAGAGGUUCGAACAGUGUCAGCUCCUAGAAAACACUCGUGGCCGAAGAACCGCGGCAGCUUCUGCCAUUUUGUUUUAUACAAGGAGAACAAGGACACCAUGGAUGCCAUCAACGUACUUUCCAAGUUCCUCAGGGUCAGACCUAAUGUGUUCUCCUACAUGGGCACCAAAGACAAAAGAGCCAUCACAGUGCAGGAAAUUGCUGUGCUGAAGAUAAGUGCAGAGAGAAUAUCUCACCUCAACAAGUGCCUCAUGAAUUUCAAACUGGGUAACUUCUCUUACAAAAAACACCCUCUGAAACUAGGGGAGCUUCAGGGCAACCACUUCACUGUUGUUCUCAGGAACAUCUCAGGCACAGAGGAGCAAGUGGAGCAGGCCAUGACCUCACUCAGGGACACCGGCUUCAUCAAUUACUAUGGCAUGCAGCGCUUUGGCACCACUGCUGUGCCCACCCAUCAGGUUGGCAGGGCCAUCCUUCAGAACAACUGGAAUGAGGUUAUAGACCUCAUCCUGAAACCGCGGCCUGGAGCGGAAAAGGGGUACCUGGUCCGUUGUCGAGAGGAGUGGGCACAGUCCCAGGACCCAGAAGCUGCUCUGAAGAAGCUUCCGGUCAAACGCUGUGUGGAGGGCCAGCUACUCCGCGGCCUGUCCAAAUACGGGAAGAAGAAUAUCAUCACAGCCUUUGGGUUGAUCCCCCGCAACAACCGUCUGAUGUACAUCCACAGCUACCAGAGCUAUGUGUGGAACACCAUGGUGAGCAGACGCGUAGAGGUCUUUGGCCUUAAGGCAGUGGAAGGAGACUUAGUCCUCAGAGGAGGCACUGCCCAUGUGCUUUCAUCAGACGAGGUGGAGAACCAUUCCAUUCACGAUGUCGUGAUGCCCCUGCCUGGCUACGACGUCAUCUACCCCACACAUGAAAUUGGGAAAGGUUACAGAGGGAUGCUGAGUGCAGACAAUCUGGAUAUUGAUAAUAUGAGGCAUAAAGUGCGGGAUUAUUCUCUGGCUGGGGCUUAUCGGCGCAUUCUCAUUCGCCCACAAGACGUCAGCUGGGAGCUGAUUCAUUAUGAUGAUCCCAGAGUUCCCCUUGUUCACACCGACGUAGAGAAGCUUGAGGGAAAACCAGCACCCGUCUACCUCAAAGAGGGCAAAUACAGAGCACUACGGAUGGAGUUUUCCUUGCCGCCCUCCACGUAUGCCACCAUGGCUAUCCGAGAAGUGCUGAAAAUGGACACCAGCAUCAAGAACCAGACACAGCUCAACACCGUCUGGCUCAACUGAUCAUCACAGGCACCCAGGAUUCAAACACACUGCAGGGUAUAAAGGAGGAAAACGCCUAAACAAACUAACAGCACAUUUACAAAACAGCUGCUGUGUUAAGGACUUUCUGUUUUCUUUACUUUGUUUUAAGAGGUUG